ACUCGUACUCGCGCCAUUCAGCCACAGUACCUUUACCGUUGCCCGCGAAAAAACGCGUCCGUCAAUUUAAAAAGUUUCGUUUUAUUUUUAAAUUGCGUAGAUUAUAAAUAGUGGAUGCUCACCGCGUGAGCCGCUGUGCGAGACACGACGCAGAGACAUGUACCGACUAGCAAUCCUUUUGAUCGCCACCGCGGCUGCCGCGCCGCAGGACAACAGCAUCACCUUUAUAAAAAGCCUGCCACGGCCUGAAGAGCCGCUGCCUCCGCCCGAAGAGCUGGUCCCAGCGCCCUCUUACGCCUCUACACAUAUAGAGAAUCUGCCUCUGAGCAUCCAAGAUGCCUCGGAUUACAGGACAGAAGAGGACAGCAGUAAGCAGGAGUACUUGGAUACUUCAGCUGACUCGAGUCCAGAUGAGCAGACCACGGAUUCCACGGAGGAUGCCACGUUGGAAGAGUCCACGGAAACCAACGAGGCCACUACGGUUACGGAGAGAUACCAGCCUAAAACUACGAGUACACCUAAGUUUCAGGUUAAAAAAUCCCCACCAAAAUUCUAACUCAAAACUGAGCUAUUUCGAGAAGCCCAGCUAUUCCGCGCCCACCAACUUAGUGGACCGCUCCGCCAAACGCAAGUUCCGAUCUAAAUGCCGCUGCGAGAAGCUCUCCAACUGUCCCAAACUGCAGAUCACCGUGCCACGGUGUC